AGGUUCUCAACUCUGAAGCCUUGUUUACAAGUUGAGCACUGAGCAGGUUUGGAAUUAGAUAACUGUUCUCAUCACUGAGCUUUGUUUCACUUUCCCGUGAAACCAUAGGAUUGUGACACAAACAUGGAAGUUGUGUCCGUGUCUAAAUGUCAAGUCUUUUCCUUUAUGAAACCAAAGAGAACCCAAAUUCAGGAACUUCCAAUAAACACUAGAGUACCCAACAAAAGGAACCAUUCCAAUCUUUCUUCUUCUUCGAUUUCAUGUAAUUGGUCGUUUACUAGGAAAGCAGCAACAACAUACCCUUCCUUCACAACUUCCACAACACAGAAACACCAUUGGAUGGUGCUCAUGGACAGCCCUCCUCAUGGGGUCAAUUCCAAGCCACAAGUCAUUGAUUAUUAUGUCAAGACUCUACAGACAGUUCUGGGCAGUGAGAAAGAUGCUCAAAUGUGUAUAUAUGAUGCUUCCUGGGAUACACACUACGGUUUUUGUUGUGACAUUGAUGAAGAAAUAUCAUCCCAGCUGGCCAGUUUACCUGGGGUCUUAUUGGUUAGGCCUGAUCCGGAUAUCAACUCUUUGAAAAAGGACUAUAGUUUAUCAAGUGACCAGGCAGGCCACCCGUCAAGAUCACAAACUAGAAGCAAUAUGUUAUUCCCUGCUGGAAAUUCAAAAUAUUGGCUUGUUAGAAUGGAUAAACCUGGGGUUGGGGUGGUUACCAAGGCUCAGAUUGUCGAUUACUAUGCUCAAAUUUUGACCAAAGUCAUGGGAAAUGAGAAGGAUGCACAAAUGUGUAUAUAUCAUGUUUCCUGGAAAAACAACUUCGGGUUUUGUUGUGAACUUGAUGAGGAUUGUGCACAAGAGCUGGCUGGUGUACCUGGUGUCUUAUCAGUUCACCCAGAUAGCAAUUUUGAGUCUGAAAAUAAGGAUUAUGAAGGUAGUAACUUAGAAAAUAGUUUGAAAAUUCCAAACUCUUCUGAAGCAAGUCAGGAAGCUUCUGUGGAAACAAAGAAACUUUUUAUAACAGGUAUGCUCCUGACAUUGAUUCCAGGGCUGUCAUUUUAUACAUCUGAGAAAACCUUACGUGCAGCAUUUGAAGGCUUUGGUGAGCUUGUUGAAGUUAAAGUUAUUAUGGACAAAAUUUCAAAAAGGUCCAAGGGUUAUGCAUUUGUUGAAUACACCACAGAGGAGGCUGCAAGUGCAGCACUGAAAGAGAUGAAUGGCAAGAUUAUCAAUGGCUGGAUGAUAGUGGUAGAUGUUGCCAAGACUAGCCCACCAAGAUACAACAGGGGUCGUGCCAGAUCAUCAGCUUGACAAGAGAACAAAGUUUGUGUCUGUAAGACUCCUUACGACACAGAUAUGGGAGCUAAAUGCAAUGCAUACUUCGUUCAAGUAGACUUGGCUGAGGGAUAUUAUGGAGGGCAUUUGUAACAUACCUGAAUAAGUUGCUUCUCUGUUACUUCAUGGCAUAUCCUUCCCCAAUGCCUCCAUUUUGAUUUCAGAUUUGUCUUCAGUAUGCAACCAGGUAUCGAACUAUGCAAUCAUAUUCUCCAGAUAUGUUUUAGGUAGUUAUUACUAAUGCUCCUCUGGGCAGUGAAAAUAUAAACCUCAUGUUGGCUAGGAUUUCUAUUGAUGUGUGAGACUAAGCAUGCUGCAGUUGACUAGCAAGAUUGUAGCCUCUACAGGAAUCAGGCCUCGUGUUAAUGAACUGAAAAGAUGGGUGAAGUUCGAGAUCUGGGUUCUUAUACAUUAAAGAGUCAAGUUGAAAUUUUAACAUAAUAUUGGUUGAGAACUUGAGAUAGGUGUUUAUAAAGAAAAUGGCAGUUGAAGUUGUAACAUAUAUUCUGAAUAAGGAAUGAGGCUUUAGCUAACAUUUAGCCAUCUGGACAAAAUUUCAAUAUUGCUUACAUGAGAAUAGUAAAGCUUAAUUCCCAUUGUUGGAAGAGAAUAUUUGGUGAUUCAUUUGGAAUAUAUGGAAGGAGCUAAAAAAUAAGGAUUAAAAGAUAAGUAAA